AUGCACAAGAUAUUUCUGAUGGACAGAGAAGAUGAGUGCAGAUUAGCAGGUCUAUUAAAACCAUAUAAGGUUUUUCUUGCAAGGGCUGAUCUACUGAAAUUUCUUAAAAAGGAAUGGGAAGAAAGAGGAGCAUCGAUUAUUUAUGCUACUCAUACAUUCGAUUGUCUAAAAGAUUGGCCAUCCCACAUUGUUUACGUCGCUCGUGGGGAGUUGCAGUUGGCUUUGCCAAUGGAAGAAGUUAAGAAAGAAAGUAACUUGUCAUUAAUGAGAACUGUUGAGAAAUGGCUGAGGAAGGAAAGAGACGAGGAUAGAAAGAUGAGGAGCGAGAGAAAGGCAAAAGGUCUACCUGAAUUUGAGAGAGAAGUGAAUGGUAGCUGUGUAAUUAGAGAUUCAGCCCGAUGUGGUGCCUAUACAAUCAACAAUGGUUGGGCUGCUGGAAGAUUGAAUUCCACUAUUGAUGGUGAAGAUAAUUUUAUCCUAAGUUCUAAUAGAGUUCUUAGGUAGUAAUCUUGAUGCUCACUGUAAUAUUUUAAUUCCCUUUUUGCAAAAUAACAGGUAUAAAGUCAUUUUUGUAAUCCUCUAUUCCUGGUAAUUGAUUUGGCGGUUUUCCAUUCA